AUGUCAUUGGUGACAUGCCCGGAGUUGAAGCCGGCCUCAACCCUCGCCUUUGCGAUCCCGCUGGAAGCCUUCACUCCCUGGGGCGGCGAGGAUUGGAGUGAUGUGAGCGGGGAACUGCGCCGAGGGAGUCAGAGGGAUGCGAGCGGGGAACAGCAGCCAGAGGUCCCACAGACCAUGAUCAAGCAGGAGGAAGUGCCGACGCAUUUAGAGGACAUUGGAGAACCGGGAUACAUCAUUCAGAUGCGACAGCGCGUGAAGACCAGCACGCCGCCUGGAGCAUGGUCAUUGCACAAAGAUGCAGAUGAGGAGGCCACACCGCGUGAACAACGCUCUUGCGAGGCACGAGACACGGACACUGCCCCGACCACCCCGACUCGCCUGUGCACGGUAAUCAAACCGACUGGUAAAAGCACCAGCAUCAGCCACAGGGCCCAGGCACGCCGCGCGCAGCUCAUGCCGCCCCCAAACCCCGAGCGCGAGGGCGAUGUGAUGGCUGCCGCUCCCGAUGCCACCGGCCUCCAUUCUAUGGAGUUGCGGAACACUACUGUCACGAGUUGGUACGGCGUCUAG